AUGGCUGGCUCAGACCACUUGUUCGGCCGUGACGGUUCCUGGAUCGUUGUGGCCGGCGAAGCUGAAGCCAUCACCACUCCCGCUCUCACGGCCAACUUUAUCUGUCGUGUUUUACUCGCCACUCUCGCAAACAUCGUCUGUCUCGUACCACUCAAGCAUCUCUACCGAAACAGCGAGUUCGCAGCCGUCGUCUUUAUCCUCAACAUCGAAGUGACCAACCUCGACACCAUCGUUAACGCCCUGAUCUGGAGAAACGAUGACACUGACAGUUGGUGGCCUGGAUAUGGUCUCUGCGAUCUCAGCCCUUAUAUUCACAACUUCAACAUUGCUCUAUUCGUCACUUGUCUGCUCGCCAUGAUGCGCAACCUCGCCCAGCAAGUCGGUCUCUUGCGAGCCAACCCCCUGACCGUCCGCGAGAAGCGUCGUCGUCACCUUGUUCAGGCACUCAUCAUCUUCCCUCUUCCCAUCAUUCAGCUUUGCUGGGUUUGGCCACUUACCGCUCAACGAUAUGUCGUCGGUACUCUGGUGGGAUGUAGUUGGGUUGCCUCACCGUCGUGGCCUUACAUUGUCUUUUUCGUCACUGCCCCUGUGGUUAUUGCCAUCAUGACUUCAGGAUACGCAAUCCUGACUUAUAUCCGUUUCCGAGAGGUCGCAAGGGCCACCCGUUCGGCUGUCAGCAGCAACCGGCUCACCACUCAACGGGCUCAACGAACCAAGCGCCGACUCUAUCUAAUGGUCAUCUCCAUCCUGGUCCCCUUUCUACCCAUAAUCAUCACUCUCGCCGUCAUCAACUUCAUGGUUGCCUUCCCCCUCCAACCUUUCGACUACCAUCUCAUCCACAAUCAACCCUUCCCAAACAUGUGGUCAAACAUCAUCUUUCUACCCUCGAAUGGCGUCCCCUUUGUCUACAUGAACAGCUGCUACAUCACCAUCCUUGCGACAAUCCCUGUCUUCAUCUUCUUUGGCACUACAAAGGAUGCCAUGAACAGCUACCGCCUCGGCUUACUCCUCAUCGGUCUUGGCUACAUCUUUCCCAAGCUUCACGAAGAGUACGAUCCUGACAGGGACGCAUACGGAAGCAGUUCCGGCAACACUCAUCUGAUGAUGUCCACAGGUGCUUCGAGGUAA